AAGCGUCUCCAAGACCCCAACCCAGCAACCCUAAAAUUGAUUACUGCAGAAGUACUGGCCGUCUCUUUCUCUCUGCAGUCUGAGAAGAAGCCGAAGAACUACUGUAGGUCUCUCACCCACCACCGCCCACCGGCACCAAGCCUACACGCGAGUCGCGACUGUUCUCCUCUGCUCCAGGUCGUUGCCUCCGUCUCCUCUGCUCCACCCUGCCGUCGCCGUCGCACGCUCUACCCUCCAGCCCUCCAGUAGUCUAGUACUAGGGUUGAUCUCCUUGUUCGAUUAGAGAUUUAGAGGUGCUGCUGUGAGCGAAGAGAAUAUGGCAUGUACCAUUGAUUUUAGGUGCCUGGAUGAGGGUUUCGGAGGCAAAACUUACAAGCGAAAGAGGGCAGAGAAGGAAGCCCCGGGGGAGGAAGGUGAGGCCGCCAUGGAGGUGGAAUUGGAAAAUGGCCCCCCUCCGUUGAAAAGGCAGGCGGUCCCUUCUUCUGAGGAUCCGAACAAGGCGGUGGUGGGGAAGGUGACGUACGAUGGUGUUAUAGCGGGGAGGGUGUCGGGGAGGAAGUGGAAGCAGGCGAGGACGCACAGGUCGUCGGCAGUGCAGGUGAGCCGGAAGGGGAAGACCCUGGAGCAGAGGGUGAAGGAAAAGGAGAUAAAGAAGGCGUAUAAGGAGAGAAUGAACGAACUGAAGGAGGAGAUAAGGCAGAACAAGAUAGAGAAGAGGCAGAAGAGGGAGGAGAGGGAGAAGAGGAAGAAGGAGAACAUUCUCAAGUCUGGCACCAAGUUUCAGAAGAUCACUAACCCGAAGACUCUUAAGAAAAUUGCCAAAUCUGCCAAGCAUAAGAAGCUCCUCAAGGUUGUUUCUGAUGAUCUUCUUAAGGCCGGCAACAAGUAGUAUCAUCUCUUUUAUUGCCCCUUUAGGCCUUUACUUGUGCUUCUUAAACCAAAUGGUAUGAUUUUGUUUGCUGCCUUUUAUUUCAAUUUCAAUGAUGUAGUCUCAAUGUAGCACAUAAACUGUGACAUUGAAUUGGUACAUUAAAAAUCUAUAACAAAUGCAAUGAUUCUAUGAAAACUCUGCUUAGAGUAGCUGUACUUGUACA